GUGGCAACUGAGGAUUUCAGACAGGAGUAUUUCCCAGCCCUACCUAGAGAUGAUAAGGAUCCAACCUUUUUUGCAUGCAAGGCAUGUACUUCAUCACUGAACUAGAUAUAUUUGAGGCAUUCUUGUCUGGGUGGGAAAGAGACUGUCAGGUCUUGAAAACAGGAGAGGAUUGCGAGAUUCUCACACGUGGAUUUUCCUGGUGGUUUUUUUAGCUGAAUCAGUGCUUUGAAAGCAACCUUUUGCAAUCGUUGCUCAUUUGACAGGCCCAAACUAAAUUACAUCACUUCCUACGAGCAAUCAAGACAUAGUGCAUCUCCUUAAGGCAUCUUGCACAUCCAACCACAAAGGCAGGAAACAGGAAAUGUACAUGUUCUGUGCAGCUAAGGGAGAAUGAAACAAACUUCGUACCUGAUCACAGAGACGUCAACAUGCAGAAACACAACUUUAUGUUGCCUUUAUUUCUGUUGCUCAGCGAAAGACCUGCUUGCUGUGGCUCUACAACAGCACUGGCAGAUGAAGAAUAUUCAGGGGAUGGAUUGACAUCACCUGUUACCACAGAAGUACCUGUACUGAAUGCACUGGGAUCACCUACAUCUGUUAUGAUUUUGACAACUAGUGACCAGGGGGUGCAAACUGCCACUACAUCCACAGAAGCAGAGAAUUCCACUGUCUCUGCAGAAAUGGAAGACCUACACCCUGCUUUGAUAUACGGAGCCCCUGCUGCUCUGCUUCUAAUCCUGAUUGUUUUGCUGGUUGUCUUCAUUGUAAGACGUCGGAAGCAGAAACCACCCAAGCAAGAGGAACUAGCAAGUGAAAGCUGCAAAAGUCCUAUUUUUGAAGAAGACACACCCUCUGUAAUGGAAAUAGAGAUGGAAGAGCUUGAUAAAUGGAUGAGCAGCUUAAAACGAAAUACUGAAUGUGAAUAUUUGCCUCCCGUGAAAGAAGAAAAAGACUGCAAUGCCAGCCCAAGUGACUGCGAAUCUUGAAAUCAAGAAGGCAUUAUAUGGAUUGAAGGAAGAAACAACAACAAACCUUACAAUUCCUGAGAUUUGGGGUGAUCUGGAUUUGAGUUUCCUUCACCUGAAACAGUCAAGGAUGCUAAUGCAUUUGUCCUUUCCUGCUGCUUCUGUUCUUCAUCAUGAUGACAUCAGUUCUGCAAAGCAAAGGUCCUGGGG